AACCGGACUCGGCUUCGUAAUAAAUUGGGCAUCUUAUCGUGUCUUACACCACAUAGUCAGGUGUCGUAUAUCUAACCACUCGUGUUCUGUAUUUUUGUUCGUCUAACAUCUAAUUCAUAUUUUCUUCAAGAAUCGUCAUCUUAAUCCUAUCUUCCCUUAUUAUUUUAAUAGGUGUCGUAUAAAAUAUUCAUUACUUACCUUUAUACACUGAUGAUACAUUGCUAACUAUGGCUGGUACCGUCAUCUUCACUGGAGCGAACUCUUCGUUAGGAAUUCCGGCUGUAAACCGCCUUCUCGAGCAAUAUCCGCAAUCCACACUUAUUUUGACAGUACGAGAUCCCUCAAAAGCAGACGUCAAUACUAAUAGGUUGCGGGACGUUAUAUCUCAGUACCCGAAAGCAAACGCAUCAAUACACCAGCUAGAUCUAGCCGACCUUUCUUCUGUGCAUAAAUGGGCUCAGAGCAUAGCCAAAGAUAUUGACAAUAACAAGUAUCCUCCUAUUAGGGCCAUCAUCUGUGCGGCUUAUCGUUGGAAUUUGAAUCGCGUCCCACAAUCCACGGUUGAUGGACUCGAUGAAACUCUGCAGAUCAGUCAUGUUUCCCACGUAGCUCUCAUACUGCGGUUAAUCGGAAAGUUCAGGCCAGAUGGAGGGCGGGUUUUACUCUUCUCAAGCGACACACAUGUCCCCGGCGGCAGCGUCGGCGAGCGAUAUCCACCUGGAAUUCCUGAGGACUUGAACCUUCUAGCAAAACCCAUCGUGUAUGAAGACGUAUUCGGCCGUGGCUUUCAGAAUUACGGGAACACGAAGCUUGUUAUCACAUGUUGGAUGUACGCGUUAAAUCGAUAUUUGCAAAAGGACGCGGAUUUAAGAAACAUCACGGCUGUCGCUAUCAAUCCGGGUAAUCUUGUGGACUCUCGUGCUCUACAGACUAAUACGCCUUGGUGGUAUCCCUACAUGCAGACAUUUAUUUUACGACCCUUCCUACCGCUGCAUCAACUCAGAGACCCGACGAUCCGUACCGCAGCCCUAGCCGGUAUUGAUGUGGCGGAACUUGCACUCAACCCAGCCUACGCGGGUGAAAGAGGUUUCUUCACAUUUCUAAAGAAAGACCAAAGCUCUGCAGAAAGCCAGGAUGAAGUAAAGCAAGAAGCACUCUGGGCUAAGAGCUUAGAAUGGGCCAAGAUUACGAAGGACGACACCGCGCUCAAAGUAGUUAUCGAGUAAUUAUACGCCAUAUUGGUACCUUGGAUAGAUAUGGAUAAUAUGUUGAUUUCUGAUACUUGUAUCGUAUUACUUACUUAACGUUGCUUGUUCGUGGGGAAUUU